AUGGCACGUCCUCCACCACGGUAUAAUACAACCAUCCCAUGGAAAGACAUCUCCCCUUUGCCAGAGCCUCUCAAGUCGCCCGGGAAGCAAUCCCCAAGAGUGCUGGUGAUUGGAGGAGGAGUAACGUCCCUGGUCACAUCAUGGAUCCUCCUUGAUAAAGGCUAUCACGUCACCAUCGUGGCUAAAGAGUGGGCAUCCUGGACAGAUGGCCAGCGAAUCACGUCUCAGAUUGCGGGCGCAUUAUGGGAAUUCCCACCGGCAGUGUGCGGCAUGCACACCGACGUAAUAUCUCUUGACAAUUCUAAGCGUUGGUCAAUGGUAUCGUACCAAAUCUUCUGCGCUAUCGCGGAUGACCCUGAACUAUCGGCUCAGGUUGGCAUCCGUUUAGAGCAGUCAACAUUCUUUUUCCCCUAUCCCAUCGAAGAGGAUGCCGAGCAAUACGCAAAAAUGGUUGAGAUUGAGCAAACUGGAGUACGCGGGUUCCGACGCACUAAGGAUCUCAUUCGUGAGAGAAAUGUUAACCCUGAUUUUGGAGUGGUUGAUGCCUAUGAGCAUUUGGCGCCAAUUAUUGAUACUGAUCGGGCUAUGGGGUGGCUAAUGUCACUGGUACGGAGCAAGGGUGCAGCAUUUAUCAACGAGACGAUCCAUGGGAGCUUGUACAAAGCCGAGAACUCUCUCCUUGCUCGGUUUGAAGCCGACGUCAUUGUUAACGCUACUGGUUUAGGUGCAAUGGAGCUUGCGGACGAUAAGACAUGCUACCCACUGCGCGGCGGAGUGCUCCGGGUUAUCAAUGAUGGAGUUGAUUUUCCCCGAGUAUCGGCCUCAUUGAUUAUGUCGGCAGAUGCGCUUCACAGCCUGAAUGAGAUUAUUUUCAUUGUGCCGCGCAAUGAUAAUAUUCUGAUUGUAGGUGGUAUUGCAGAGCCCGACGAGUGGAAUCUUGGAGGACUCACGCUGGAGAGCCCGAUCAUCCAGCGAAUGCGGAAGAGGUGUGAAGAGUUUUUGCCAGCUCUGAAAUCUGCCCGCCUUGAUCCUGAAUAUCCCCUCGCACAGGGGCUUCGGCCGUUUAGGGGUACUAAUGUCCGGGUUGAGCGCGAGCUUAGGACCAAGUCUGUUAACAGUAGAGUCGGCCCUGUCCCAAGUCGUAUUGUUCAUUCAUAUGGGCAAGGAGGUGCGGGAUGGAGUUUGGCUUUUGGUUGUGCUAGUGAUAUCGCCGUACUGGUAGCAGAGGCAUUGGCAGACAAGCCGGCUAUUCCAAUGACGAUGAGUGACGGGAGCACUCCAGCAACCCCACAAAAAGUUCAGUCGUGGAGAUCAAGACUCUAA